ACCUCUUUCACAUCCUACCUACCACCACCCACCCAUAUCCCUAAUUUGAUCAAAAUUCCACUACAACUUCGUUCUGACGGCAUCAAGCCACCAGCACCAGCGUUUCUCUACGCUCUGCGACGUUAGACUUAUGAGUCUAUUUGGCUUGUUACCCCGUCUACCGCCACAGUAACUCAUCGCUACUAAAACAUCAUAAUCAACAUCUUACUUUAAUUCAGCUUUGCAAAAACAAGUGCAAGUUCAAGAACGAAGAUUACAAGCCCAGCCAAGCCAAAAAAGAAAAAAAGCAAAGAGGACGCGAUCGCCCCUUGUUUUAACAAUCUUCACUCCUCCCAUCCUUGGCCCUGUUUUCUUUUACCCCCUUCGCACUAAAAGUCAGACUCCCACUUUUUCAUUUAAUUAAAUCAUUGUUCAAUUGAGCAAACGCGUAAAAAAGGCUUGGAGAAUACCGACGCUCCAUGUGUCAAAGGAUUUUGCGAUAUUUCAAGUCCCAAUAUCUAACCCGCACCUAUUGUGCGCACUUCUUCUAAUCAUUUGACUGAGGCUCAAAGGACGCUGCCUAGAAAGCAAACAACAAUGGCGUCCUAUUCCGUCUCAACACCCUCACCGCCCGGCCGCGUGCACACUCCAGGCACUCCCAAGUUUGGUUACAAUGAUUCCUGGGAGCCUUUUUCUCCUCGAAAGUCAGCUCGCAUUUCGGCUCAGCGCUCAACUCAGCGCACUCCCUCUCCCCGCGCUCCUCAGCACCGUACCCGCGCAUCCACAAAAACUUCGUCGGAUGCUUCAACUACUCCUGUCAACUCGUCUCUCAAGAAACGUCAGCCGGCCAUGGACUCUGUACGACGCGCCUCUAGCGCUUUAACUCUCGAAGGCGCCACUAACGCCGCCGAUUCCCUUGGAAUUUCUUCGCAGCACAAAACCAAGGCCAGCACUAGUACUUCUCGAGCCGCAGCCAUGUUUCCUACUCCGGCCAAGACGCCCAAGAAACAGCCGGACGAGAAGUCUAAGGCUAAUGUUCGUGCGAUUGCGCGCAGUCUAUUCUCGGAGACUGAUGCAAUUGCAACUCCUAAGAAAAGAAAGGCCAAGAAAUAUACCGGCCUAACCUUGGAUAGCUUUACUGCCGAAGACGUCAACGAACCCAUCGAGAUUUUCACCGAUACGCGCGAUCGCAUUCCUGAGGCAGAUGAUACUGCCGCCAAUCCCUUCUACGAGAAGCACCCCGCACCGGCUACUGCUGAACCCCCCAAGUCUCCUAAGAAGCGAGGCCAAGGCAAACUGAUCUCCGUCCCCGGUGAGGGCAAACAGCCACUCGACGAAGUGCUCCAACGAGAAGAUGGUAUAAUUUACGUCUUCCGAGGAAAGAGGAUUUUCCGCAAGUUUUCAGCCAUUGAGGAUCUGGAUUCGGAUGAAGCUGAAAGUGAGAGCGGAGAAGCGGAGCUGAACGGCGCUGAGAGUCGUGAGCGACUACGCCCCUUGACUCGCUCCUCUAUCAAACCGCGUCUCCUCUUCCCUACUAAGGGCAAGAAUGUCGCCAAGCCGACCACAGAUGAUGAGGAGGCUGCUACGGAUAUUGAGGAUCACGUGUUCAAGGAUGUUGACAAGGAUGUUGAGGAAGAGGAGAAGGAGAUUGAGGUUCCGGCAACCCCUACUACGAAGGUCACCAAGAAGCCCGGUACCCCUGUCUCUCCUCCCAGCACUGUUCGAACCCGACGUACUACAUUCCACGCGAAGGCCGACGUAUCACCCCUGAAAGUCACCAAAUCGCGUAGCAGUCCUUUCGAUGGCUGGCGCCGCUCUAAGAGCCGAGCUACGGCACAAGGACAGAAGCGAGAGGGCGAUGAGCUGGCCAGACCGAACGAGCCAAAACGCCAGCGUGCCUAGUCGGCUGCUUUGAGUGAUACUUUGACUCGUCUUCAGAUUAAGCCGCGAAAGUCUUCUGAUUGAGCUUAUUCUAUUCGUAUUUCUCAUUUCUCAUUUCCCAUUUGCGGUUUCGGACGGCAGGAAUUCGGUACAUUUCGGUACAUUUCAGUACAUUUCGGUACAACAUUUUCGGUGCAGUAAAGGACUGAAACGGAAGCCUUGGUUAUAUUAUACCAAGCGGUGUUGGGCGUUGUAUUACUCUGCGGCAAAGGUUGACUUGGUCAAAAAAGAGAAAGCCAUAUCAAGGGGUUGUUGCUAUGGCUAGGUAAAUGCGUUCUUGUUUGGACUCAGAAUCCAGCCACGUUAAUUGUUACAGGUGAUGGGCUCGGAUAGUUAGCUUUGCGUCAGAAUGAAUCGAUUGUUUUCUAGCAAGGAUGAGGAUUAUUAUUACAUUAGGUGUAUUGGACAGGGGAAGUUUAGUUUUGUGAAUGGAGGAUCAAGCUUUGUGUAUUGCGGUAUUUUAUAGAUUCACGUCGCCGAUAGCCUGACAAGCGUAUUUUUGCUAACCUAGCUUGCUUUAAGCUAUGGCUUGAUUCUUUAGCAGUUUAGCUAGUUACCUUAGGUACUUUAGGAACUGCUGCUAGAUAAUCAAUCUAUAACAUCGCCGGUA